AUGAUGCUGCUCUUUCUGAUUUUGCCAAUUAUAUUCGCGGAUAAUCGAGUUGAACAAGUUCAUCUAAGUCUAAGUGGAAAUAUGAAUGCAAUGGUUGUCACAUGGCUGACACAAAGUCCCCGUAAGUUUUUUUUCUGGAAAUUCUAAACACGUUUGAUAUUCAGUUCCAAAUGUGACACCUUUUGUAUCUUAUGGAUUGUCGGCUGACAAUUUAAAAUGGACUGGAAAAGCUACCACAACAAAAUGGGCUGAUGAAGGACAUAUUGGAGUGCAUAGAUAUACUCAUAGGGCAACUAUGAGAAAUAUGGAAGCUGGCACAAAAUAUUGUGAGUCUAUCUAUUAUUUAUCUUCUAUUUUCGAUAUUUAAAAAAAGAAAACUAAAAUUGCAGAUUAUUCUGUUGGAAGUUCACAAGCAAAAUCGAAAGUAUUUUACUUUACCCAACCCGAUCCUUCAAAACCACUUCGAGUUGCAAUUUUUGGAGAUUUAUCAGUGUACAAAGGAUAUUCGAUAAAACCACUAAUUGAUGCGACACAUUCAAAUUAUCUUGAUUUUGUUAUUCAUAUUGGAGAUCUUGCUUAUGAUAUGCAAGAUGAUAAUGGAAAUGUUGGAGAUGAUUAUAUGAAUGCGAUUGAAGAUAUGACAGCUUAUAUUCCUUAUAUGGUUUUUCCUGGAAACCAUGAAGUUAGCCAUAAUUUUAAUCACAUGGUUAACCGAUUCACAAUGCCCAAAAAUGGGGUUUAUGAUAAUAAUCUAUUCUGGAGUUUGGAUUACGGGAAUGCUCAUUUUGUAGCAAUCAAUAGUGAAUAUUAUGCAGAAGGGAUGAGUAAGGAAGCGAAAGCGCAAUAUGAAUGGUUGGAAAAUGAUUUGAAAAACAAUAAAGCAAAAUGGACAUUUGUAUUAUUACAUCGCCCAAUGUAUUGUUCAACACAAUCAAGUAAAGGUUGUGAUGAUUUUCAAGAUACACUAACUCGCAAAGGAAAUGCAUUAUUCCCUGGAAUCGAACAAUUAUUAAUUGAUAAUAAGGUUGAUAUGGUUUUCUAUGGACAUAAACAUACUUAUGAAAGAAUGUGGCCAAUGGCUCAUGGUGUACCAUUCAAGACAGCUGACCCGAGUUAUAUCAAAAAUCCAGCUGGACCUGUUCAUAUGUUAACCGGUGCAGCUGGUUGUCAUACACAUUUGGGACCAUCGGAUUCGAUUCCACAAUCAUUUUCAAUUACAAGAUUAGGAAAUUAUGGAUAUACAAAGUUGAAAGUGUUCAACUCUACGCAUAUUUCGACGCAUUUUAUUGAUACUUCAGUGAAAGUUGGAGAUUUUCUAGACAAGUUUUAUAUCCAGAAAAAUUAA